AUUAUUCACAGCAGGGACGGCGGUGUGGGCGGAGACCGGACACCCCCCUUUCCCUUCCCUUCCGCACACAGCCACAUCAGGCCGCCGCCCUGGAAGCUGGGUGGGUUUAAAUAACCGGGAGAGGAGCUCCGCCGGCCUGUGCCUCCCCGCCCCUCCGCCGCGCUCCCCCCAUGUCUGCCUGCUGGCUGCUGCUGCCUCUCAUCUGCGCCCUGUCCGCGGAGGCCGACAUCUUCCCGCUGGACAGCAUCAGCAACGUCUCCACCUACUACUUCAACUACUUCUACUGCAACAUCUGGGAGGGCGAGUGUCAGCCCCACCAGGACGAUGCCUCGCAGCAAGUUCCCGUCGGGGACCUGUGGCCGGGCUUCCCCCAGGACUACACCGGCCUGCUGCAUCAGUGGUACUGCAGCCUGGGCCAGUGCUGCGAGUCUGGAGACUGCAGGAUAACCAACAACAUCACAGGGUUGGCCAAGGACCUGCAGACCAAGCUCCACGGGCAACACCUGGUCCAGUCCGUGGUCCUCAAAGCGGUCCAGGGUUUCAUCAACAGCCCCGAGUCCAACAAGCCCCUGACGCUCUCCUUCCACGGCUGGACCGGAACCGGCAAGAACUUCGUGGCCCGUCUCGUCGCCGACAACCUGUACCGGGACGGGGUGAAGAGCGAGUGCGUCCGUCUGUUCAUCGCCCCGUUCCACUUCCCACACGCCAGGCUGCUGGACACGUACAAGGGUCAGCUGAGGGAAGCCAUCCGCGACUUGGUGCUGCGCUGCCCGCAGACUCUGUUCAUCUUCGACGAGGCCGAGAAGCUCCACCCGGGCCUCAUCGACGCCAUCAAGCCCUACAUGGACCACUAUGACAACGUGGACGGGGUUAGCUACCGAAGAGCCAUCUUCAUCUUCCUCAGCAACAUAGGCGGCGCAACAAUAAACGACGUGGCACUGGAUUUCUGGCACUCGGGUCAGAACCGGGAGGACAUCGGCAUGGAGGACCUGGAGCAUCGGCUUCGAGCUGAAACUCUGGAGACCCAAGGGGGGUUUGCUCAGAGUGAGCUGAUGUCGGACCACCUGAUUGACUUCUUCGUGCCGUUCCUGCCUCUGGAGUACCGUCACGUUAAGCUCUGCGCACGAGACGCCUAUGCAGCGCGGGGCCUAGAGGCAGACGAAGCAACACUGGAUGAGGUUGCCAAGGCGAUGCUGUAUGUGCCCAAGGAGGAGAGACUCUUCUCAGCCCAAGGAUGCAAGUCCAUCCCUCAGAGGAUCAACUUCUUUCUCCCCUAGAAGGAGAGAGAGCGAGAGCAAGAGAGAGAGAGACGCAGCGACCUGGAGGAGGCGUUACGAUUGCUUUUUCGGCCCAUCUGCGUACAGAGCCAAGGAGCGUCUCCAUCACUCCGUUCUGUGCACUAACCCCCCCUCCCCAUACAG